AUGGCCAGUCAUGCACCAUCAGCAAACUUUGAGUGGCUAGCGUUCAAAAUGCGGAUCGAUCGUGAAUUCCGCCAUGAAGGAUAUGUGUUGGCGACAACCGCCAACAGCGACAUGGCGCCGCCGGACGGGCCCAUGCAAUAUGACACAAAAUGGUCUCCGAUGAACAUCAUCAGCAUGCCGACCAAAAUCAAGCAGGAGAACUUCAACGUGCUAAGUCACCUCGACGUUUACCACCCAAUUGCGGUGUCUCUGCCAGCGUACGAUCAGGUGAAGUCUUCAUCACCCGCCUCCCUACAACAGCUGCCAACCGUGAUCGAGCGGCUGCAUGAGGAAACGGGCAGCUCCCCGGACCACCAGCACCACCCACAACACCAUCAACAACAACACCAGCAACAGCAGCAGCAACAGCAGCAACUCCACCACAACAUAGGCUCGUUGGUGUUAUCCUCCAAACCGGCGGAUGAUCUACCGAGCAACAGUCUCGUACCGGAUGAUCUACGUGGUGGCCCAAUGCCGGCGACUUUACCGCAACCAAACUCCACCAACAACUCCAGCAACGGCCAGAACAACAACAAUAAUAACAACAGUCACACCCCGAAUCAGAAUCAACCCAACGGCAACCAGAGUUCCUCGGGAGGUACCAGUAAUGGUGGAGGAUCUACGGUCAGCAAUGGAAGCACAACUAACAGCAGCAGUCUUUCCACGUAUGAUUGCAGUUCCACCACCAGCCCAACAGGUAGCCGGAACUCGAAUGUUAAGCCACCGUACAGCUAUGUGGCGUUGAUUGCGAUGGCGAUACAGAGCUCGCAGAUGAAACGUGCGACGUUGAGCGAAAUCUACGGUUACAUCACCUCGCGGUUUCCGUACUACGAGAAGAACAAGAAAGGCUGGCAAAACUCGAUCCGGCACAACCUCAGCCUGAACGAGUGCUUCGUGAAGAUCCCGCGUGAGGGCGGUGGCGAACGAAAGGGCAACUACUGGACGCUGGAUCCGCAGUACGAGGACAUGUUCGAGAAUGGGAACUACAAGCGCCGCCGGCGGAUGAAGCGCCCGUACCGUACCGGGCAUUAUUCGAAGAUGUUUGGUGACUCGUACGUGACCAAUCCGGGCAAUUUUGGUCAUCGACCGGUGUUCGCGCAGAAUCCGUACCAAACGUACCCACGGUACGAUGCCGGGGCGCCCUGGAUGCCGACGACCCAGCUUGGCAGCUAUACGUCGUGUUCGACGCGAACGAACUACUCCUACUCGACACCGUAUAAUUUUUCGCAGCUCCAGCAAACGGUGCAGCCUGUCACGAUCAACACCUACGGGCCGUUGUCGAACAAUUUAGAUACCUUCGCCGUGUCCGGCAGCACCACACCUCCCUGCGGACGUCGCUUCGAACCGCACUAUCCCUACUGGGACACGACAUUGCCACUGCCGGUGGUGAAGGACGAACCGUCGAAUCAGAUGAGCGUCACCUCAACGCAGCAGAACACCUACCAGAAGUCCUACCUACCCCAGCCCUAA